AUGUCUGCGAAAAAACUCAGGUCCAAACUCGACAUCAAGUUCAUGCUUCCUCUUGGGCGGGGGAACGCAGCUUCACGCACCCCUCCGCCUGGCAUCUCCGCAGACUUCAGCGAGAAGAUGUUCCGCCAAAAGCCCCAGGAACCGCUGCCUCCUCCUCCUCCUCCUCCUCCCAAGGACAUAUCCACGCGCCAUUACUCCCUCUACAACCCUACCGGCAGCAACUGGGAUGACGUCCGGUACGCAGUCAUGGCGUCCCCGAUCUCCGAAGACUCGCCCUCCCCAGGCCUCGACGACAGCACCAACGUCUUCAUGCGCCGCCAAGCCACCGCGCCCCCUUCCUCUCUCCCUCCCACUCCCACCCCAGCCAAGGCGGCCCACACCCGCUCUGCGACGUCCCGCAUCCCCGUGGCAUCCACCCGGGUCGGCACGUACUCCCGGCGCACGGUCUCUAGCCCGGAAGAGAACGAUCUCCGCCGGCGCGAGGCCCAACGGCGCAAGGAGCUCGAGGAGAAGGAGGCCAUGCGAGAGGAGGCCGAGCGCCAGGCCCGGCUGAAGCGCGAGAAGGAGCAGAUGCUGCAGCAGGCGGCGCGCGAGGACGAGGCGCGCAAGGUUGCGCUCGAGCAGGAGCUGCGCAGGGCGGCGGAGGAGCGGCGGAAGCGUGAAGCGAUCGAGAAGGAGGCGGAGGCUCUGACGGCGAUGGUUGCGGCAGAGAGGAAGCGGCAGGAGCGGGAGAAGCGGAAGCAGGAGACACAGAAGCUGCAGCGCAUGCGCCAGGACCUGGAGGAGCAGCGGCUCGCGGAGCAGCGGGAGCGGAUGGGCUGGCGCGAACGGAUCGCGAAGGAGCGGAGCGCCUUGGCUUCUCGUCUGGAGAAGCAGAAGACCAAGAACAGUCGCGGUCUUACUGUUCUCUUGACUGGCUGGUUCACCGUUCAAAGCGAAGACCUGCUCUCCUACAAACGGCGAUAUUUCCAACUGCGCGAAGACGCUCUGAUCCUGUACAAAGACGCGGAGGACGAUUCAAAGGCGUUGGAGACGAUUCAACUGUCUCGCAUACGUCGUAUCCGAGAAGCGCAAGACGGGUUUGAGGAUUUGCAGGCGAUUCCCUACUCGUUCGCGCUCGAAAUUCAAGGCCACCAUGACGCGUGGAGCAUGUUCACAGAUUCGAACGAGGACAAGGAGAAUGUGCUCGCGCUUCUGAGUAGCCGCCUUGCCUCGCGCUCGCGAUGA